UAGAUCGGCUUUCUUUCGCUUCCGGCGAGCUCCGUUGUGCUGUCUCAUUAAAGCCACGUGCUAAGCACAAAAUAAAGAAAACGUUAUAAACAUGGAUAAACCUGUGGUACUCGCCCGUGUUAUCAAGGUACUGGGACGUACUGGAUCCCAAGGACAAUGUACACAAGUCAAAGUUGAAUUCAUCGGCGAGCAAAAUCGUCAGAUCAUUCGCAACGUGAAGGGGCCGGUACGUGAGGGCGACAUUCUCACCCUCCUCGAGUCAGAACGUGAAGCAAGAAGACUUCGGUAGAACUCGCAAUCAACUUUGGAAAACACUGAAAAGGUUCCUGCAACAAGAAAUAUUCCAUUGAUACUUCAAUCAAGUCGGCCUUCACUCUCUACGAUGUCCAUCAUCGUCAUCGAAUUGUCAACAUGUUGGCGUCAUCUGAGCUACUUCUAUCUGCUGUACCAAACCAGCCCGACAUGCAAUAAAUCUUUCGCUGGCAACCACUAA